CGGCGGCUGCGCGUGCGCGGAUCGUGCCCGGAGCGCCCCUCAAGCGGCGGACCCCCGGGACCAUGAGCAGCUCCGAGGAGGUGUCGUGGAUUUCGUGGUUCUGCGGCCUCCGCGGCAACGAGUUCUUCUGUGAGGUGGACGAGGAUUACAUCCAGGACAAGUUCAACCUGACGGGGCUGAACGAGCAGGUGCCGCACUACAGACAGGCGCUGGACAUGAUCCUGGACCUGGAGCCGGACGAGGAGCUGGAGGACAACCCCAACCAGAGCGACCUGAUCGAGCAGGCGGCCGAGAUGCUCUACGGGCUGAUCCACGCUCGCUACAUCCUGACAAACAGGGGCAUUGCUCAGAUGGUGAGGGGAGAGACCCCCGGACCCCCCAAAUCCCCCUGUGAGAACCAGCCCAUGCUGCCCAUCGGGCUGUCGGACAUCCCCGGGGAGGCCAUGGUGAAGCUCUACUGCCCCAAGUGCAUGGACGUGUACACGCCCAAGUCGUCGCGGCACCACCACACGGACGGCGCCUACUUCGGCACCGGCUUCCCGCACAUGCUGUUCAUGGUGCACCCCGAGUACCGGCCCAAGCGCCCCGCCAACCAGUUCGUGCCCAGGCUCUACGGGUUCAAGAUCCACCCCAUGGCGUACCAGCUGCAGCUCCAGGCCGCCAGCAACUUCAAGAGCCCCGUCAAGACCAUCCGCUGAGGGACCCCCAAAAAAACCCCCAGACCCCAAAAUCCCCCCAGGACCCCCGGACCCGCAACCCCCCCCGACCCCCAAAAGAGAUUU